GUGCGUGAUUAAUGCAUUUGCUAUCUAAAUAAAGGAUGAAUAGUGAUACAGUGUAAUGAAUAUCAAUUGGUAUAUGAUAUCAUAAGUUAUCUCCCCUACAAAUGUCGAAUAGCACCAUGGAGGUAAAAGAACCGGAAUCGGUUAUUACAGAAGAAAUUGAUCUGUUAACUGUCCGAGUGAACCUGUCAAUCCCAGGACUUCAUGUGAAGAAAAGUUUCAUGCCGUUUACGAAACAGAAACCACAUAAUGCAAAAGUCUCAGUCAAAUUUGAAGAAAGACGGCUUGAAGUGGACGUCAUAAUAGAAAAGAAAAAUGUGAAUUAUCAGUUCAAAAUUAAAAAGUUACCAGGAGCAAUUAUCGAUUGUGCUGAACAGUACGAAAAAGACAAGAUAAUUCUUACCCUCACAAAGAAAGCAGAAGAAUCCUGGGUAGCCUCUCUUGACGACGGACUGGAAACAGAUAUAUAAACACCUUGAGUGUUUUAAUCAGCGCUGCAUCAUGGAGGAACAGAAUACAUUUUAUCAAAAAUAACUAUCCCUAGCUCUAUCUAUCUAUCUAUCUAUAUGUAAUGUAUGUAUGUGUGUGUGGUAAUUGUUCAGUUUAGUCAUAUCAAAAAGGUAAAUAAAGAUUAAUGGGGAGAUAACUAGUAAAGGGACAUGCAUAAGUCAACACAAAUACCGGUUAUUAUUCAUUGGGUUGUCCGGAAAGUUCGUGCCGAUUUUUAAAGGAAAUAAAAAGGUCAAUAAAUACUUGCCAUUACAUUUUAAAUCAGCCAAAUAUGAACGAUUGUGUUGCACAAUGCGUCUCCAUCUUUCUUUUAACUUGAAAAUACCCUCUUCCCAGAAUUGAGGUGGUUUCAUGGCAAAUAAGUCGAAAGGUAAGCUACUAUAAAUCGGCACGAACUUUCCGGACAACCCAAUACUUUGGAAUUGAUUAGAAUGGCACGUGGAAGACCUGCGGAACCACAAUUCAUUGUUCCUGAAAUUAAAAUCCUCACCCGUGAAUCAAUUUUGCAAUAUCACC